AUGGAUCCUCCCGUCGCCGCAACCUCCGUGUUCCGGUGGUCUCGGAGUCGCCGGAAGAUUCAAAUCCGCCGUCGUAGGUCACAGGUGGUGCGUCUUGGGGGGAAGAACAAUGUGGGGCCACGUGGCGGCCGAUUCUCAUUGAAGAAGAUGGUGAGGAGGAUGAAGCUGAGAUGGUUGAAACUACACUACGUGAGACUUGUGAAGAAGAUCAAAGUGUUUUAUCGUAAUUUGGUGAAAGAGUUCGUAGACGCAGGAGCUGAGCUUGAAGCGAUUCAGAAGCGAAUGGCGAUUGAAGCGGCUGCGUUUGCGGUUCCGGGUUUAGGUCUCUCUUUCUCCUCUAUGUCAGUCCAUGACCGAGCACGGUAUUUUCUUGUAUAG